AUGUCGGCUAGAUUUCUCUUCUUAUUCUUGUUCGUCUUGGAAAGUAGCCAUGCAUUUGAUGCUGGCUUUCUCGAAUUGAAAUCGUCCCGUGCAUUGAAAGACACUACACACUACGGCGUCACCGUCUGUGCUCUGUGCCGUGCGACCAUUGAUUAUUUGCAAUCUUUACCCAAAAUCGAUACAGCUUAUCUCAGAACGAAAUUCAAUGAAACCAACGGUCAAUGUCAAGGAAAUAUUGUCAAGGAUAUUGUAACUUUCUUACAAGCAAAUCAACAGGCGGGUAUUAAUCCAUGGCAAUACAUAACCGCAGUUCGAAUAAUCGCUUCGUCGAAUACGAAAACUGAUUUGAAAGAAAUGUUCAAGUCGGAGAGUCAUUUCGAUAGUGAACGAUUUGUUGGCGGAUCACAAUUACUCAUGAAACGAUAUCAAGCAUCGAUCGAUACAAAUCAACAGGCGGGUAUUAAUCCAUGGCAAUACAUAACUGCAGUUCGAAUAAUCGCUUCGUCGAAUACGAAAACUGAUUUGAAAGAAAUGUUCAAGUCGGAGAGUCAUUUCGAUAGUGAACGAUUUGUUGGCGGAUCACAAUUACUCAUGAAACGAUAUCAAGCGUCGAUCGAUAGUAUUCAAAAAGCUGGUAAUUAUGAUCAAGCACGAAAGACAUUUGGAGAAAUGUUACACACUUUACAGGAUUUUUAUAGUCAUUCGAAUUUUAUCGAACUGAAUUUUACUGCACCAAGUGAUGUGCUCGGUCAACGAAUAUUUCAAACCGAUGAAUUUGCCUCGGUUAGUGUGCGAACAUGCAUCAGUUGCACGGGUUCAGCAUGUCAAACUCAAUCGAAUUUGGAUGAAAAUAUUUUGAAGAAAAAAAUUUUAACAACAGGUUAUUUCAUACCGAAGGGUUUGAGUUUGAUUUUAGGGAAAAAGCCGAAAGGCAAAUGUUCACAUGGCGGAACAUUUGACGGUUCGUCAACUGACGACCCAAUCGGCGGCAUUAAUAAAGAUAAACUAGAUUCCGUUCAUGGACAUUUACAUUAUCAAGCAGCGCAUAUGGCGUAUCAAGGAACAGUGAAGAUUCUUCAAGAGUUUCGAGAUCAAAUCGGCGACGAAGCAUUUGGCUUAUUUCUAACAUUGAAAAAGAACCUGAAUAGUUUAGUUAUAUCGAUCGAUACUGCUUGUUCCAUGGCAGAUUAUGUUGAAUUAGCGAAAAAUAUCUCGAUGAACAUUGUCAGCCAAUAUGGUCAAUUAGAAUUCGCUCCAUAUAAUUACAUUCUCAUUGCAUUUACAGAUAGCACGGCCGAAUUGGUUGUCAAUACUCGCAAUCCAAACGAACUAACAGAUGCAAUCCUAAGCUUAGAUGCCUGUCGACAGCGAAAUUCUACUUUGGGCGAAUUGUACUAUCACAGUUUAAUCGAAGGUUUAAAACAAUGUGAAUAUGGUUCGGUUAUUUAUACAUUUACUGAUUCACCAGCACGUGAUGCGUAUUUGAAACAUCAAGCGCGUGCUUUACUUCGAAGUAAACAUGCAGUUAUCUAUUCAUUUAUGGGUGAACAAAUGAAACGACGAUCAUUGGUUUUAACAAAGAUUCUACCCGAUUUAAUCGAUCCAUUGGAUGGAAAAAAUGAUGAUAUUGAUCUAGCAUCCAUCAGUGGUGGACUGACGUAUCCAAUAACAACCGAUGAUCGAUCUGUGAUUGCCGAAUUCGUUCUUCGAAGAUUAGAAUGGACGAGAUUACAAUCGAUAUUUAUCUACAAAGCAAAAUCAACAUCAGGAUUGUUCUAUGUUGAUUCAUCAAUCGGUGAACUGCAUUUAGAUAUAUCAUCCAUGGGCGAAAUCAUCGAUAUCAGUGGAGUACAAUUAAGGCAACCCAAUAAUACGUUGUAUCCGUUAGUUGGAAACUUUAUCGGCACGAAACAUCUUUACAUGUGGAAAAUAUUACAACCAGUACCGGGUGUAUGGCGUUUGACCACAUCGAAUCUGUCGAAUACGUUCGAUCAUGAUGUUCAAAUUCAAGGCAAGACCAGUUUGAUAUGCACGUCGAACUUACAAAAAGAAAUUGAUAUGAAUGCAGACAGUAGUGGAUAUACACAAUUGACUACGGAACCUUUAAUCGACGGUGAUUUACUCGUCUUAACCACAUGUGAAAAUCUCCAACCUUCGACUGUUCAAAUAUCUUUGAUUGAUCAAACCGGAAAUGUUCUAACGAAUUACACACCAUUUCAGUCGGAUCAACUUGGAAUUUUGACGCGCAUUCGUGUGCCAAGUGAAUCAUUUCGCAUUCAAACAAUCGUUUCUUUAGCCAGUGGCGAGACAAUUCAACGAAUUGAAAAACAAUUGAUUUCACCCACGACCUUUUCAAUUGAAUUACUCGACCAGCCUUUCAUUGUUUCCGCAGGCGAAACUAUUCAAAUGAACUAUACAGUUCGUAGCAAUUUGAAAGGUAGAGUUUCUCUACGUUUACAAAUUUAUGACAUAUUAAAACUAAUGGGCUCAGACGGGAUUUUCCAAAACUUGACAUUUAUCAAUGAAACAACUGGAAUAGCAACGCUGACCUUACCAGAGAAUUCCACACAAACAUUAACGACUGAUUUGGUCAUAUUCGCCGUAUCAACACAAGAUAAUCGAACAAAAACAUAUUCGUACGAAAACGAUGAAACAGUGUCGGUUUAUUUAGAAGUUAAUCUGACAUCUCGGAUUAACGCAGUGAACAGUGUUUUCAUUUCUCUUCUUUGCUUUAUAUAUUCUAUCUCCUAUUGA